AUGGCGCCACUGACCAGGAAGCGCAAGCGUGUCCGGGGUGUGCAGGAGCCACGACAGCUGGCACCUGAAAGCAUAGCUGCGAGGCGCAAGAAGCCAAAACACGCAGAGCUGUCCCACCGCCAGGCGAGAGAUUGCUCGAAAGGAGGCCCAGGACGUGCUCCGCAAGCUCCCCCACAAGUGCGCAACCAGAUCUACGAGCUUGUCCUGGCCCCAGACAUCUGCGGCUUAUCCCGGUGCUCGUUAGGCACCAGUAAAUGGUACACGAAGGACAGGCUGAGCACGCUUGUUCAAGGUCCAGGUCCCGGCCGUCAGGUUUUCAAUAGCGCUCUUCACAAGGACUUCGAGGAUGCUGCCACCGUUGUCGGUCACAGCAGCUCAACGGCGUUCCGAAACUGUACAACGCUUCCUUCAUAUCGUUCAAGGAGCCAAGUCUGCUUCGGGCUUCCAAAUGGAUCCGCAUGGAAGCACUACCCAUCUUCUUCCAAGUUGCUCGCUUCGUCAUCAGCAUGAGCGCUCACGAAGUUGAGUCGGCUUGUGAAUGGCUCGGGUCGCUUUUGCCGUGGGGUACAAAGGCCUGAUCGAAAGAACACAUCCGGUCCCGGGUGACUGGGGGCAAG